AUGCACGCGGAUAUUGUCUGUCUGCAGGAGACGCAUGCCGCAUCUCACGCUGUCAUUCAGAGUUGGUUUCGAAAUUCUGGUUUUUUGGUCGCUUCCUCAUCUGUUUCGAACAAGCGGUGUGGAACGGCAAUACUAGUGAAGGACACUUUCACGAUAACACAAAUUAAACGGGAUGAAGAGGGGCGAUUCUUGCAGGUCGAGGUCGCCCUGGAGGAUCACAAACUUCGCUUUGUCUCUUUGUAUGCGCCGAACAAGAAUCCGGCACGUAACACCUUUUUGUCUUCUGUCCCCGACUUUGUGGAUCUUGCUUAUCCCACGUUCAUCUGUGGUGAUUUUAAUGCGGUCCUCGAUCCUCAACUGGACAGGCGGCGUAGAACAUCUUAUGCCGGCCCUUCUCGGUCCUCUCUAUAUCAGGAAAGUGUUGCAGCAUUGCAAUCGUUACUUGAUGCAACUCAGACCUUUCCAGUUUGGCGUACACGGCAUCCUACCGAGGUUGUCUAUUCCUGGGACCACCCAUCUGGGGAAUUUUCCUCACGUAUCGAUAUGAUAUGGGCACCCACUUUACUUCAGCAGUCCAUAGGCGAUUGCAAAUACCACCCUUCUUUUUUUUCCGACCACCGAUAUAUGCUUCUUUCUUUUAACACAGACGACGUGUUUGCACGUGGUCCGGGGGUCUGGAAAUUUAACGCGUCUCUUUUGGACGAUACUGACUAUUGUUCCCUCACUCGGUCUUUCUGGACUUUUUGGAAGACCCAAGAGGAUCCGUCCCUGGUCUCCCCGCUGGAUUGGUGGGAUCAGGGUAAAUUUUAUUUGCGUGAGGUCACACGCUGUUUUGCUCGUGCCCGAGCUGCCACGCAACUUACACAUCAGCGUUCCCUGAACAAGCAGUUGGCACAGCUUCAGAGGCGUUUCGAUGCUGGUGAUUCUGCUGCUUUUGCUGAGCUCUGUUCCAUCCAGGAGGAGAUUCGUGCUAUCCACCUUCGCGAAGCCAGAGCUUCUCAGGUGCGUGCUAGAUGUCGGUGGGCAGAGGAAGGUGAAACUUCUUCGGCUUUUUUCCUCAGCCUUGAGAAAAAGCAUCGGGCUAAGCAAGUGGUGAGCAGCAUUCGCGAUCCUGACUCUGGUCUCGUCCACCAUGACCCUUUUGCCAUCUUGGGUACUUGGCGGCAAUAUUACCAGAAGCUCUUCACUGCUGAUGUGUGUGAUGCGGCAGCGCAGGACGCUGUCCUUGCACAAUUAACCAGGUCGCUCAGCAAGGCAGAGGCGGAGUCUUGUGAGGGCCUUUUAACAAUUGAGGAGUGUCAUCGAGCACUUGCUGGCAUGUCUCGGGGCAAAACUCCAGGUUCCGAUGGAUUCCCCAUGGAAUUCUUCGUUACGUUCUGGGACGUGAUUGGCGUGGACCUAGUUCGCGUUUUGAACUGUGCGUAUGUGAGCGGGAAACUUUCUACUUCCCAACGGCGCGGUUUAAUCAUUGUCCUUUACAAAAAAGAUGACCGAUUAGAAACCAAGAACUAUCGCCCUAUUAGUUUACUUAACGUAGACUAUAAAAUCGCUACUAGGGCUAUUUCUGGUCGGCUUCUAGGUGUAAUCGGCUCGGUUAUCGGAUCGGAUCAGACGUGUGGUGUUCCUGGUCGCACCAUCUCCGAGAACCUCGCACUGAUCCGCGACCUGAUUGAGUACGCUGAUCGUGCUGAUAUACCUCUUGCCCUUCUUUCCCUAGAUCAAGAGAAAGCAUUUGAUCGGGUGGAUUGGGCCUUUCUCCAGCGAAUCCUUUCUACGUUUGGUUUUGGGGAUUCCUUUCGCCAGUGGAUUCGGCUGUUCUAUACAGAUGUUGAAUCUGCAGUGGUCAUCAACGGUUGGACCUCGUCGUUUUUUCAACCAUCACGCGGGGUCCGCCAGGGCUGCCCUCUUUCACCACUUCUCUAUGUUCUCUGCAUCGAGGCGCUGGCUUGUAUGAUCACAGCCUCUCCUGACAUUGAGGGUGUUGCUUUGCCAGGGCGUGACGAGGUGUUCAAGUGUUCUGGCUAUGCGGAUGACACUUCCAUUGCCGUCACUUCGGACACUUCAAUGGGGGCAAUUUUCGACACGUAUGCCCUGUACGAGAAAGCAUCUGGUGCCAAACUUAAUCGUGGCAAAUCGAAGGGCAUGUGGUUGGGCGCCUGGAAGUUCCGGCAGGAUUCCCCGUAUGGUAUCAAAUGGGUGAAGGAACUGCAGCUUCUAGGUGGUACCUUUAGCGCCGGUGCCUAUUCGGUUCCAACAUGGGAACCUCCGGUGAAGAAGCUUGAACAGCGGCUGUCAGCUUGGAAGGGUCGGCAACUCACUCUCCAAGGCAAAGCGACGGUCAUUAAUACGUUAGCCCUCUCCCAAAUAUGGCAUCUUUGCCAUGUUUUUGUCAUCCCGGAGUGGGCUAUCAAACGUAUCAAAAAGGCUGUUUGGGCUUUCUUUUGGUCUGGCCGCAAAGAGCUGGUUGCGCGUCGGACGGUUUGCUUGCCCAAAGCUCUGGGGGGUUUUGGCGUGAUAGAUUUUGAGCUGAAGGCCAAGGCUUUUUCCUUGCAGUGGGUGCGUCGUUACUUUUCGCCCACACCUGGCAAAUGGAAGGCCUUCUUCAGUUUCUUUCUCCUGUCAUGUCUUUCUGUCAUGCCAGUUCAAGCUCUCUCUGUAAAUACUUUCCCGCGUCGAUUAAUUUCUCUUCUGCCUUCGUACUACCAGUUUCUAAUCCGCGCCUGGUUUCAGUUUGACGGGGGUGUGGUGGACGGGCUCCUCUCUUUGGAUGUCUCGUCCAAUCGACCUCGCUCCCUCCCCGAAAUCAAUUCCCAUGCGGCCUAUGUCAUUGGCCGCCGGCUGGUCACUCCGGAACCUCACUGCAUUGGCAAGUUCCGUCCCACUUACGGUCCGUUGUAUUGGUCCCAGACUUGGGACCAAGUCCAUUUAACAACUUUGGACAGACCGGUGGUUGACGUGAACUGGAAGAUAGCGCACGGUGUUCUUUACACGGCCUCUCGUCUUGUCAACUCAUUCGGGAUGGCCAACAUCGAUGUGCGUUGUCACUGCCGUGCAGAUGAGGAGACGUUGGAACACCUUUUCUUCGAGUGUGCCUAUGCCAGGAUUCUCGUCGGUUGGGUGUACUUCAACCUCAUGGUUGUCUGUCCAUCCGCUCCACCCUUCACCGUCGAGGAAUUGCUUUUCGGGGUCAAUACAAACAGGCGUCGCAACGUCCCUAAGAUCAUCUUGUGGAUGUUGCAGGUAGUAAAGCACCACCUCUGGGUCGCUCGCUGUGAUUUUCGUUUUCGCGGUGUGCUGCGCACAGAGGCAGAGUGCUUGAAGGCAAUGAUCGCGCGCUUAAAAUUUUUGCUCAAAGUGCUUGCCGGCCGCUGUCGUUCUCCUUCUCAAAUUCGGUCGUUUGAGAAGCAGUGGUUGGCCAAUAAGACUCUUGGGCACUUUGAGGGGGAGAAGCUGGUCUUCUCAUUUUAA